AUGCUCCGCUCCUUCUCCCUCGCCUCGCGGGCCGCCGCUGCUCGCCGCUCGGUCCCUAACUCGACCCGUGUGGCCUUCGGAGGUGCUCGCCGUGGCUACGCCGUCGCCGCCCCCGCCGUCGGCUCGUAUCACCAGGUUGACGGUCAGCCGACCCUCAACUCGCCUUCCGAGCUUGCCCGCCGGAUAUCCGCCAAGGUUCUCCCCAAGCUGGAGAAGCCCGAUGUGAAGAAGGUUCUUGUUGUCGGUUCCGGUGGUCUCUCCAUUGGUCAGGCCGGAGAGUUCGACUACUCUGGUUCGCAGGCUAUCAAGGCGCUCCGUGAGAGCAACGUUGAGACCAUUCUCAUCAACCCCAACAUCGCCACCAUCCAGACCUCGCACCACCUUGCCAGCGAGAUCUACUUCCUCCCCGUCACCGCCGACUACGUGGCUUACGUCCUUGAGAAGGAGCGUCCCGAUGGUAUCCUCCUCACCUUCGGUGGACAGUCUGCCCUGAACGUCGGUAUCCAGCUCGACAAGAUGGGUGUCCUUGAGCGUCUCGGUGUUCAGGUUCUUGGAACCCCUAUCCGUACCCUCGAGGUUUCCGAGGACCGUGACCUCUUCGUCCAGGCCCUCAACGAGAUCGACAUUCCCGCUGCCCAGUCGACUGCCGUCUCCACUAUCCAGGACGCUCUUGACGCUGCCGCUACUAUCGGCUAUCCCAUCAUUCUCCGUUCCGCCUUCUCUCUUGGUGGUCUCGGUUCCGGAUUCGCCCACAACGAGGAGGAGCUCCGCAACCUUGCUGCCAAGUCCCUCUCGCUCUCCCCCCAGGUUCUGAUUGAGAAGUCGCUCAAGGGAUGGAAGGAGGUCGAGUACGAGGUCGUUCGUGACGCCGCCGACAACACCAUCAUUUGCUGCAACAUGGAGAACUUCGACCCUCUGGGUACUCACACGGGUGACUCUAUCGUCGUUGCCCCCUCGCAGACCCUCACCGACGACGAGUACCACAUGCUCCGUUCGGCCGCCAUCAAGAUCGUUCGUCACGUCGGUGUCGUCGGAGAGUGCAACGUCCAGUACGCUCUUGACCCCGUCAGCCGUGACUACCGUGUCAUUGAGAUGAACGCCCGUCUCUCGCGUUCGUCUGCCCUUGCCUCCAAGGCCACCGGUUACCCCCUGGCUUACACCGCUGCCAAGAUUGCCCUCGGCCACACUCUUCCUGAGCUCCCCAACGCCGUCACCAAGUCGACCACCGCUUGUUUCGAGCCCUCGCUCGACUACAUUGUCACCAAGAUCCCCAAGUGGGACCUUGCCAAGUUCCAGCACGUUGAGCGCAACGUCGGUUCCGCCAUGAAGUCUGUCGGAGAGGUUAUGGCUAUCGGCCGUACCUUUGAGGAGUCUCUCCAGAAGGCUAUCCGCCAGGUUGACCCCAACUUCGCCGGAUUCGAGGCCUACUGGAAGCCCGAGGACAUGGUCACUGCUCUGACCAACAACAACGACCGUCGUCUGUUCGCCAUCGCCCACGCGAUGCUCAACCUCGACUACACCGUCGACUACCUCCACGACCUGACCAAGAUCGACAAGUGGUUCCUCUACAAGCUCGAGAACAUUGUCAACGUCUACAAGCAGCUCAAGAACACUCCCUUCGAGAAGCUCGACAAGGAGCUUGUUAUGACUGCCAAGAAGACUGGAUUCUCCGACCUUCACAUGGCCCAGCUCCUCGGCAAGAAGGAGGGUGACGUUCGUGCCCUCCGCAAGCAGUUCGGUGUUACCCCCUUCGUUAAGCGUAUCGACACCCUCGCUGCCGAGUUCCCCGCCUACACCAACUACCUCUACACCUCGUACAACGCCACCACCCACGACGUUGAGUUUGACGAGCACGGAACCAUGGUUCUCGGCUCUGGUGUCUACCGCAUCGGUUCGUCCGUCGAGUUCGACUGGUGCGCCGUCACCUGCUCGCGUGCCAUCCGUGGCAUGGGCAAGAAGACCAUCAUGGUCAACUACAACCCCGAGACCGUCUCGACCGACUUCGACGAGGCUGACCGCCUCUACUUCGAGGAGCUCGGCUUCGAGCGUGUCAUGGACAUCUACGAGGCUGAGGGUGCCCAGGGCGUCGUCGUCUCCGUCGGUGGCCAGCUUCCCCAGAACAUCGCUCUUCGCCUGAAGAACUCUGGCGUUGACGUUCUUGGUACCGACCCCGAGCAGAUCGACAACGCUGAGGACCGUCACAAGUUCUCGUCGAUCCUUGACUCGAUCGGUGUUGACCAGCCCGCCUGGACUGAGGCUGCCUCGCUCGACGCCGCCAAAGAGUUCGCCAACCGUGUCGGCUACCCCGUCCUUAUCCGUCCCUCUUACGUUCUCUCUGGUGCUGCCAUGAACGUCGUCUGGGACGAGUCGCAGCUCCAGCACAACCUCUCGGCUGCCGCCAACGUCUCGCCUGACCACCCCGUUGUUAUCACUCAGUUCAUCGACAAUGCCCAGGAGAUUGACGUUGACGCUGUCGCUCACAAGGGCAAGCUUCUCUGCCACGCCAUCUCUGAGCACGUCGAGAACGCCGGUGUCCACUCUGGUGACGCCACCCUUGUCCUCCCUCCCUUCUCGCUCUCGCAGGAGGACAUGGCCCGUCUCAAGGUCAUCGCCGAGAAGGUUGCCAAGGCCUGGGACAUCUCUGGCCCCUUCAACAUGCAGAUCAUCCGCAAGCCCCCUACUGAGGGUGAGGAGGCCGAGCUCAAGGUCAUCGAGUGCAACCUCCGUGCCUCGCGUUCGUUCCCCUUCGUCUCCAAGGUCCUCGGCCACAACUUCAUCGACACCGCCUCGGCCGCCAUCAUGGACCACAACGUCCCCGAGCCCGUCGACCUCAUGGCCCAGAAGCGCGACUACGUUGCCAUCAAGGUUCCCCAGUUCUCGUGGACUCGUCUCCCCGGUGCCGACCCCUUCCUCGGUGUCGAGAUGGCCUCCACUGGUGAGGUUGCCUCGUUCGGUAAGGACGUUUACGACGCCUACUGGGCUGCUCUCAUGUCCGUCAACGGCUUCAAGCUCCCCAAGGAGGGCUCCGGUAUUCUCCUUGGCGGUGACGUCUCGCGCCCCGAGAUGGCCGCUGUCGCCAAGAACCUGAUCGACCUUGGCUUCUCGCUCUACACCUACGACCCCAAGGUCGAGCAGCACAUCAACUCCCAGCCGUACCUGUCGAUCAAGAAGAUCCUUGUCCCCGUCAAGGACAAGAAGAAGCUCCGUGAGAUCCUCGAGGAGCACGAGAUCCAGACGGUCAUCAACAUGGCCCGCUCGCGUGCCGCCACCACCCUCGACGAGGACUACGCGUCGCGUCGUGCCGCCGUCGACUUCGGUAUCCCGCUCAUCAACAACCCGAAGCUCGCCGUCCUCUUCACCGAGACCCUCGCCAAGAAGUUCGGCAAGGCCACCAACCCCAUCCCCUACCAGGAGGGCUUCAAGCCUUCCGAGGUUGGCUCGUGGCGCGACUUCGUUGGCCCUGCCAGCGACUACUAA